CUCUCGAGUCAACUCCUAGGCACAGAAAAAAGUGUGAAAUGGAGAGAAUGAAAGAACAGCACCAUGAAUGGACAAACAGCGUUCUUGUUGCCUUUUCGCGGCCACAAAACAUCCCUGUAGCGAUCGAAUCAGCAGAUGUGUAAUCAGAAGAAAGAAUUCAAAGGUAUGAAGCCUCUCACCUUUUUGAUCUCGCUGAUCACGACCAGUUGAGUGCUGAGUUCUUAUAAUCGUCUUAGACUUUUCCCGCCCCAUCUCUUGCCAUCUAAGAGCAUAGAGUUCUUCAUGAGAUGAAUCCUUGCACAGCUUUGCUUCAGGAUCUUCACACGGUAUUUCGCAGUCCCGGCUCCGCUGCUAGUUUGUUCUGAGAAAGGUUUCCCGGAAUGAGUCUCGAGGAUUCGGAGCCUUUGAAGCAACUGGCAGAGGACUUCUCGAACCUCCUAGAUAAUGGCCAGGCCUUCAGUGACGUUGCAUUUGCAAUCGACGGGAGGCACGUCUAUGCUCACAAGUGUGUCCUGGCUGCACGGAGUCGAUUCUUCCGGAUGGUGCUGACUAGCAAUGGACCAACGCAAGCCCCCCUGGUUAUGCCGGUCUCGGCAGUCGGCCACGACGCCUUCAUGCUCACGUUGCGAUUUCUCUACAGUGGUCAGCUAUGUUUGCUACCUUCGAAUUCUCAGCCUGACAGAGGGUGCAAGGAAAGCUCUUGUUGGCAUUCACAAUGUAGAGCCGCGGUCGACUUCGCGCUGGAAGCCCUUCAUGCCGCUCAAAUGUUUGGCAUUGACGAGCUCUCCGUCUUGGUACAGAAGGAGCUGGCUGCGAUGGCUGAGAAGGCAUCGAUCGAGGACGCCAUGAGAAUCCUUGUCACAGCUCGCGAGCAGGACCUGCUCCAACUGUGGUCAGUGUGUUCCAAGCUUAUAGCCAAGUCUGGCCUGUCAACGGAAGCGCUAGAGAAACAUGUACCGGUGGAGAUAGCUGCCGAGAUAGAAGCCAUCCGACAUAAAUGUGGCUACUACAAUGCCUCCAGAGCCGAUUGCAGCGACUCGCUGGACGAGCAACGGACACGGAGGAUGCAAAAGGCACUGGAUUCGUCGGAUGUUGAGCUGGUGAAGCUUCUGGUCAUGGAGGAAGGCCUCAGCCUCGACAAAACGUUCGCUCUUCACUAUGCUGUCGCGCACUGCAGCCGAAAAGUUGUGAGCAUCCUGCUACAGCUCGGAGCCGCCGAUGUCAACGCUGUCGAUGUCGAAGGAAGGACACCUCUACACAUUGCUGGAGAACUCGCUGAUCCAGAGAUGAUAGCGGUUUUGCUCGACCACCAUGCGAGCCCACACGUACGUUCUCCAGCAGGAACCACCGCUCUGGACAUGGUGCAAAGUCAUGUGUUCCAAGCACUGACUUUAGCGUCGGAAGGUGGAGCACCGGCGGACCACAGUAAGCUCAAGCUGUGUCUGGAGCUGCUGCAGACUGCUGAGCCAGUUUCCUCACAAGAGCGUAUCGUUCAGGAUGAAGGUAACUGCUUGCUAAUGGCUCCAGGGCGAAACAACGAUUUCUACCCGGCUCCUAAAGGUACACAGUGAGCAAUUCACCGACAUGGAGCAGUGACAAUGACGAGGUGAUCGACCCGAUAAUACGGCUGGUGGUAUCUCACCCACACUAUUCUGCUCCUGUCCCGUUCAUGAACCCGCACCAACAAGUGUCUCAGCAUGACUCCGUAUGGUAGCUCCAGAGACCAUAUACUCACUCCUGUAAAUUCAACACAAAUUGAUUCUUGCACAGUAGUUGCCAAAGAUAGAAGUCCUGUCAAAGAGAAGAAGUUCCGUCACGAUAACACGAUCGAAUUGAAAAAAAAAAAGAAGCUAGGUAGCUACCUCGUCAGAAGACAAACAGUUUCCUUCUUGUUGGCCAAUCUUUCGAGAAUAAAGCAAGAGAUCUGCA